AUGGAGUUUGUCCAAGCACCCGCCCCCCUCCCCCAAGCCACGCCCUCCAUACCUGGGCUCGACACGUCCGCCGGCACCUUCUCCACCCUGCCCCCGUCACCCCUCCUCCUCCUCCUCACCUCCCCUCCCGACAACCCCCUUCUCAACGCCACCUGGCGCAACCGGACGUACCCCGGGGGGGGGAGUGACGCAUGGGGUUUCCAUGCCACCGUGGCAGGGGUCCUCAUCCCCCUGAUCUACAUGGCGGUCUGUGUGGUCGGCCUGGUGGGCAACACGCUGGUCAUCUACAUCGUUCUACACUAUUUGAGGGCGGAGUCAGUCACCAACAUCUACAUACUCAACCUGGCCAUCGCCGAUGAGCUGUUCAUGCUUGGCCUGCCCUUCCUGGCGGUCCAGAACACCCUCCUAUCCUGGCCGUUCGGGUCUCUCAUGUGCCGGGUGGUCAUGACGGUGGACGCCAUCAACCAGUUCACCUCCAUCUUCUGCCUGACGGUGAUGUCCACGGACCGCUAUCUAGCCGUGGUCCAGCCCAUCAGGGCUUCAUGGUGGAGGCGGCCGCGCGUGGCCAAGGCGGUCAACGCCACUGUGUGGGCGGUGUCGUUCGUGGUGGUGCUCCCCGUGGUGGCGUUCGCCGAUGUCCUGGAGGACGAUGGCAACUGCAGUAUCGUGUGGCCAGAGCCGGCCGAGGUGUGGAAGGCGUCGUUCAUCAUCUACACGUGCACCGUGGGGUUCUUCGGACCGCUGCUGGUCAUAUGCCUGUGUUACCUGCUCAUCGUGGUCAAGGUGCGCAGCGCGGGGAAAAGGGCCCGAGCGACUUCCUCCAGACGCAGGAAGUCCGAACGCAAGAUCACCCGCAUGGUGGUCGUGGUGGUGGCGGUAUUCGUGCUGUGCUGGUUGCCGUUCUACCUCCUUAACAUCAUCAACCUCCUGGUCCUGUUGCCGGGUGAGUUCCGAGGCUUGUACUACUUCGUGGUGGUGUUGUCCUACGCCAACAGCUGCGCUAAUCCGAUACUGUACGGCUUCCUGUCCGAUAACUUCAAGAGAGGGUUCCGGAAGGCUCUCUGUCGUGCUUCGAGGAGGGUAGACAACCACGAGAGGGGAGAGGCCAGCGAGCAGCAACGCCCCACAGAGGUCUGGGGGGGUAUUGAGCUAGAGCCACGAGAUGGGCCCAGGGUCACCGAAGGUCAGGGAGGAGGGGAAGAAGAAAAGGAGGAGGGGGCAGGGAAAGAGACAAUAGAGGGUGCUGCACAGACGAGAGAGAUAUCAAAGAUUGUACCGAACAGCAGAGGAGGACAAGUUGAAAACAGGAUCUUGUCCACACAAGGGGGGCAGGUGGAGAUGGUGAACCUGGGACAGAGGGACAAAUCCGUGGAGCUGAGUGAGACAGGCUCAGGCUCGGGGCCUACUGUGGCCCUCCCCAUUGUAGAAAAUGGAUCCAAGAACAAAAGUGACCAUCCACGACCAGAGGAGACAGCGGAUAAAGGUAGCAAACUGGAGAUCAGCUGCCUGUAG